CAGAAAACCGCAGAAGACACUCGGCAGGAUGUUCGACCGCGCCCUGGGGAAAUUUGUGUCCUUCGCGCUGGUUCCCCUGGUCCGUCUGCUGCUUGUGGGCGUGGUCAGGGAAACAGGCCACGCCCCUUUCGAGCUACACGUCCCUCUCGACCUGAGUUAUGACUUUAUUGUAGUCGGCGGCGGUUCCGGAGGCAGCGUCGUGGCGUCACGGCUCUCGGAGGUGGCUGGCUGGCGUGUGCUGCUCCUCGAGGCUGGAGGCCCACCACCCCCCGAGAGCUACGUGCCCGCCCUCAACUUCCUCUUCUUCCUGCCGGAGAAUUCCAACUGGGAGUACACCAUCGCGCCGCAGAAGCACGCACUCAAGAGCUACAUCGGGAGGAGCGGGCGCCUCAUCCAGGGAAAGACGCUGGGCGGAUCCUCCUCCAUCAACGGAAUGCUCUACGCCCGCGGCAACAGGCGGGACUACGACCAGUGGGCGUCCUUAGGGAAUCCUGGCUGGGACUACGACACCAUCCUUCGCUAUUUCAAGAAGGCGGAGGGCUAUCGUGGCGGCCAUCUUGGCGAAAAUGAGUACUUCCACGGACGCGACGGGCCCCUGGCGGUGACGCCCUCUGGCGGCGACUCGCUGCUCACCAAGGCCUUCCUUCAAGCCGGUCGAUCCCUUGGCUACUCCGUGGUCGACCCAAACGCUCAGUCGCAGAUCGGAUUCGCACCCUUUGACUAUACAAUUGGAGAUGGGAUCCGAUGCUCCACGGCACAGUGCUACCUGAAACCCGCAACGUCUCGGCCCAACUUUCACAUUCUCCAUAGCGCCACAGUUCAUAAGAUCUUGUUCCAUGAGAAACGUGCGGUCGGCGUGCUGUUCGAACAUAAUGGAAUGUUGAAGGUUGUAAAAGCUCGCAAAGAGGUAAUACUGUCGGCAGGCGCGCUCUCCUCCCCCAAGGUGCUUAUGCUGUCUGGCGUGGGACCUGCCAAGCACCUCCACCAACAUGGAAUCGACGUCGUGGCGGACCUGCCCGGAGUGGGUCGCAACCUCCAGGAUCACCUCAACGUCUAUGGCCUCACAUGGACUGUCCGACCCGACGCCGAGGAAUCUCCCUCCGUCCUCUCCUCGCUUGAUGAUUACGUGAAGCGGAGGCAAGGCCCCUACGCCACUCCCCUGGGCGACCAGAGCAGCGCCUGGGUGAGAGUGAGCGACGCCCCUGGAGACCCACAGUGGCCGGACGUGCAGUACCUUCUGACUUCGUCGACGCUGGCCACCGACAAGGGCAUCUUCUCGCCGUCUUCCCUGGGCCUCGACCCUGUGCGUUACCGGUCUUACUUCGAGGCCGUGUUGGGGGAGGAUGGAUUCUCGCUCCAGCUCAACCUGAUGCGGCCUUCGAGUCGCGGCAGCGUCACACUCCGCUCGCGAGAUCCAAGGGACUACCCGCACGUCGAUUCCAAUUUCCUCAGUCAUCCGGACGACCUGAGAAUCUUGGUGAAUGGUAUAAAAUUCGCCCUGGCCAUCGGAAAUACCACUUCCAUGAAACAAUGGCUUGGGGCUAGAUUUCACGAUAAGCACUUCCCUGGCUGCGAGAAUAUUUACUACGGCACGGACGACUAUUGGGCAUGCUACGUGCAACACAUGGCAUCGAGCUAUCUCCAUCCCGCCGGCACGUGCAAAAUGGGAUCCAAAAAUGACCCUUUGAGUGUUGUGGAUUCGAGACUCAGACUUCGCGGAGUGUCCGGUGUCCGAAUAGUGGACGCCUCCAUAAUGCCUGUAAUCGUCUCGGGCAACAUGAACGCUCCAGUCAUAAUGAUCGGCGAGAAAUCAGCUGAUAUGAUAAAGGACGAUUGGGGAGCUUCGGCUAUACUUAAGGCUUAUUCGUAAUA